UAAUGCAGAUAUAUCGUAUCCGAUGUGCCGAUUCUUCCCAGCAGUCUUGUAGUGCAAGGCAAAAGCCUGAGGGCCCCUGCUGCGGGAGCUUGGAAAGAGCGUCGACAGUCGAGCAUACCACCCACGUUGACGCAGCUGCAUGCAUUGCCCGACAUGCAGCCACGGGGAUGGACGACCUCCACCUUGUCGCCCACUUAUGCUAGUGUACGUAGAGAUCUGAGCUGGCUCUGUCGUUGAUCUUACUUGUUGGACCUCAGACACGC